AUGGAAGUAACUAUAAUUACUAUCAUUAUAAUUUUCAUCCUCUUUUUAGUUUCUUACUUACUCGUGACCGUAUAUCUCUGUGGUCGCAAGUUCUCCGACCUUCCGCCUACUGUCUUCCCAACUCUCCCCAUCAUCGGCCACCUCUACCUCGUGAAACCCCUUGUGUACCGGAAUUUCGCAAAAAUAAGUGAAAAACACGGCCCCAUUGUCUACCUUCGCUUAGGUUCCCGCCACGGUCUCUUAGUAUCCUCCCCUUCUAUUUCCAAAGAAUGCUUCACUAAAAACGACAUAACUUUCGCAAACCGGCCCCAAUUGCUAUUUGGCAAAAUCAUAGGAAACAACAACACUAGUCUUGCAUGGGCAUCCUAUGGUGAAAACUGGCGCAACCUACACCGCCUUGCUUCUCUAGAGAUUUUAUCGUCUCAUCGUCUUAAAGAGUUUCAUGGCAUACGAGUCGAUGAAUGUAGGCUUAUGAUACGUAAAUUACUGUCUACUUCUUCGGUUAAUCUGAAGACGGUUUUAUACGAUCUCACGUUAAACGUCAUGAUGAGGAUGAUAUCAGGGAAGAGAUAUUUCGGUGUAGAGAAUCUGGAUAUGAUGGAAGAAAGAAAGCGGUUUAGGGAGAUAUUCGACGAGGCGUUUUUUCUUGCUGGUGCUCCGCAUAUUGGGGAUUACUUGCCGAUUAUGAGUUGGUUUGGAGUGAAAGGUUUGGAGAAGAGGAUUGUAGCGUUACACGAAAAGUUAAGUGUUUUUCUUCAAGGAUUAAUCGAGCAACUUCGAAUAUCGAAAGUGGAAAAUGAAAGGAAGACAGUGAUUGAAGUAUUGUUAUCGCUACAAAAAUCAGAUCCAAAAUACUACACUGAUCAAAUGAUUCGAAGCUUUGUGGUGGUUUUGUUAGCAGCAGGGACAGACACUACAGCAGGAACAAUGGAAUGGGCUAUGUCACUUCUGUUAAACCACCCACAAAUUCUCAAAAAGGCACAAAACGAAAUCGAUAGUGUUAUUGGCAACGCACGUUUCAUCGAUGAAACUGACUUGGCUAGUUUACCUUACCUUCAUUGUAUAGUAAACGAGACACUACGAUUAUAUCCAGCCGGCCCUUUACUAUUCCCACGUGAGUCAUCAGAGGAUUGUGUUAUUGGGGGCUAUACGAUCCCGAAAGGGACCAUGUUGAUGGUAAAUCAAUGGGCUAUACAUCAUGACCCGAAUAUCUGGACUGAGCCUGAAAGGUUCAGUCCGGAUAGGUUUCUUGGGCUGCAAGGUUCACGAGAUGGAUUUCAUUUUAUGCCAUUUGGGUCUGGAAGGAGGAGAUGUCCAGGAGAAGGGUUGUCGUUUCGUGUACUUGGAAUGACUUUGGGUUCGCUUAUCCAGUGUUUUGAUUGGGAACGAGCCGGUCAAGAGAUGGUUGAUAUGACUGAAUCACCGGGACUCACUUUGGCUAAGAAAUUACCCUUGGUUGCAAAAUGUAGUCCGCGGCUACAGAUGAAGGAUCUAUUGUCCCAACUUGGGGUUGGGGUUCCUUUCUGCCAUUAA